AUGAAGUCAGAAGGAUUUCUCCGACGUUGGACGAAAUGGAGUCCUGCGUGGACGGCUCUCUUUAGCUUCACAACUAAAAAGCAUGCCCCAAUCCUGACGUUAGCCAUGGCUUCUGCUCUCAUUGCCAGCUUCACCACCCCCAUCUUUUCUGUACUACUCGGCGAGAUGUUCGACCUGUUUACUCUGUACGGCGGUGGUAAAAUCAGGGGCAGUGACCUGAUGGACAAGAUGACCACGUAUACACUCGGCGUUGCUGGUCUCGGGGCCGCAGGGUGGCUCUUCAAUGCUUCCUACUUCAUCUUGUUUGUGACAUUCAGCGAGCUCCAAGUCGCAAAUGCGAGAAAUAGCGUGUUUGAGGCGCUUUUCAAGAAGAGUCAGGAAUGGUUUGAAACACAGCCGGAUGGAACGAGAGUGUUCCUAUCUAGUUUACAGGACCAAUUGCACGAACUGCAAAUGGCUACAUCACAGCCUCUCGGCCUCGUCGUCCAGUACUCCUUCCGAACAAUCGUAUCUCUAGGUCUGGCGUUCUACACCUCCUGGAGCCUAUCGCUGAUCACCUUGGCUGGGAUUCCCGUCUUCUCGGCCAUCAUAUCGUUUCUCUCGUCCAAGAUGAAAACCAGCAUCGAAGGGCAGCAAAAAGAGCUAGCGAGCAUGUCAAGAACGGUCAACAUAGCUACCGGCUCAAUAGACACAGUGAAGUGCUUGAACGGCCAGGCCUUCGAGCUGCGGAACUUCACCCACGGGAUGGAAAUGGCCGCUCAACACUAUCUAAGACAGGCACGCCUCAACUCCUUCCAAAUAGCGACAAUACGACUGAUGAUGUUCAGCAUGUUCGUCCUGGGCUUUUGGUACGGUAGCACACUGGCUACGUCUGGGAAACUGUCGGCUGGUGAGGUUGUCAGGACAUUCUGGGCGUGCUUGACAGCUGCCCAGUCCAUCGAGAUGGUCUUACCCCAGGUUUUGGUGCUGGAAAAGGGCAAGGUAGCGGCAUCUGCUAUGAAGACGGUCAUCGACGACCCGGCUGAGAAAAGGCAAGACACGAAGGAAUUGUUAUAUCCACAGUUCUGUGAAGGCGAUAUUGAAGUGAGAAAUUUGUCCUUCGCGUACCCAAACACAGACAUACUGAGCCUGAACUCCGUGAACUUCUUCUUCCCCGCAGGAGAGACAACUUUCGUUAUCGGGAAGAGUGGUUCAGGCAAAAGCACCCUGGGACAGCUUCUCGCACACUUUUACCUGCCAACGACAGGCGAAAUCCGCAUUGACGGCGUGCCCAUGCAGACACUGAGCGUGGACUGGAUCCGAAACAAUGUCACAAUCGUUGAACAGCGCAGCGUGUUAUUCAGCGAAUCGAUAUUUAUGAACAUCGCAUUUGGACGCAGAGACUACGACCAGAUCAGCAAGGGCGACGUGCAGGAGUGCAUUGACCUGGCGAUGCUGCAGAGCACGAUCAACAACCUUCCCAGUGGCAUCGACACCUGUGUUGGGACUGGGGGGAGUUUCCUCAGCGGCGGUCAGAGACAGAGAGUGGCGAUUGCAAGGGCCAGGUUAAGGGAUACUCCUAUCCUCAUAUUGGACGAGCCCACCAGUGCCCUCGACGGCGCCAAUCGCGUCGAAGUCAUGAAGGCUAUUCGGAGAUGGCGCAAGGAGAAGACCACUAUCAUGAUCACCCACGACAUGUCGCAGAUCCAAGAUCAGGAUUUCGUAUACAUCAUGGAGCAAGGGACCGUGGCGCAGGCUGGAUACGGUAAUGAACUCAAGAGUGAUCCGCGAUCAGCGCCACUCUUCGCUUCCGUCGACAGGGAAAAUCGAUCGGAGGUUACAAAUGCGACCGACAAAGAGACGUACGGCGCUUCCGGGUCUUGCGAUGACGUCUAUCUCUCGGAUUCGUCGGUUGACUCCAUGGGCAAUGAGGACUGGAGGUAUUCGGGGAUGUCCAAGGCUAUAGCCGGAGGCACCUACUUGUGGGGAUCCCGACCUAACACAAGAGACCAUCGCCGCUCUUCCUAUCGAUCUUGGCGAAGUCCAGUCCGCGCAGACUCCCAUUUAUUGCGUAUCUCGCUCAGUUCCCCAAUGUAUGAGCUAGAUACACUAGGGAAUGAUGGAACGAGACCCAAAUCUACAGCCAGCCACCUCCCUGCACGGGUACAGCCGACUCCACCAAAACGUCGAAAGCGAAGAUUUCCAUAUUCACGGAAAACAAAUGCCCCAAAACCUCAGGACACGGCGUCUCUGCGUCGAAUCAUGAAGACUAUCAUUCCGAGUCUCACAAAAAAGCAACGUGUGGCGCUUCUCUUCGGGUGUAUCAGCACAUUAGUCCACUCGAGCGCGACGCCCGUGUUUUCCUACUGUCUCUCCCAGCUACAAGUGUCCUUCUACAAGCCAGGCCAAAGUGCCACAAAGUGGGCGCUGGCAGUAUUGGGCGUGGCGAUCUGCGACGGCACAGUAUCGUACUUCAUGCACUAUCUCCUCGAGCUCUGUGGCCAAGCCUGGGUAGACAGCCUUCGAAAGAGCGCUUUUCGGCGAAUCAUCGACCAGCCGCGGCAAUGGUUCGAAGACGAACGGAAUAGCCCCUCCCAGCUAAGCACCAGCCUUGGGCAAGACGGUGAGGAGCUGCGGAACCUGGUUGGCCGCUUCGGAGGCUUCGUGCUAGUGGCUGUCUCCAUUGCCAUCAUGUCUGUGAUCUGGAGCAUGGUGGUGUGCUGGAAUCUCACCCUUGUUGCGCUGGCCUGUGGGCCUGUUAUAUAUGCCAUCACGCGGGGGUUCGAGAGCACGAGUGGACUGUGGGAGCGACGGAGCAAUGAUGCCAGUCGUGGGGUAUCGGAGAUAUUUGUCGAGACGUUCGCGGAAAUUCGCACCGUCCGGACGCUCACGCUCGAGCCGUUCUUUCACAAGAAGUACAUCAAGGCUGCUGCGAAGUGUCUGAGUGUGGGCCUCAGACGAGCUGGUUAUGUAGGGAUUCUGUUUGGUCUGGUGGAAUGCACUGUCAUUCUCGUGAGCGCGUUGAUAUUCUACUACGGCGCUGUGCUGGUAUCGUCUUCGCGAUUCGCCGUUGAGGACAUCAUGACGGUCUUUUCAAUGCUUCUAUUCAGCAUUGGGUAUGCCAGCUCAGUGCUGGGUUGGAUCCCCCAGAUCAGUACCUCGCGUGAUAUGGGCGCACGUCUCCUGCGCCUCGCCAGCCUCCCCGAGGGCGCAUCACACGAACACCUAGGCGUACUAGGCGUGGCCAAAACCGCCCCGGUAAAGAUACUCCGACUGAACUUCCGGUACCCAUCACGCCCUGAGGCACCGGUCCUCCGCGGCGUCUCCAUAACCAUACCCAGAGGCUCGUGCACCGCCAUCGUCGGUCGCUCAGGGUCGGGUAAAUCAACGAUCGCAUCGUUAAUGCUGGCGUUAUACGAAUCGCCCGAGGCUACCGACGGCGGCCCCCCGGCUCUCUCCCUCGACGGGAUCGACAUCAGACGCUUGCACACCCCGACCCUCCGGUCCCUGAUAUCCGUAGUCUCACAACAACCAACCAUCUUCCCAGGAACAAUCACAUCCAACAUCUGCUACGGGCUCGACGAGUCAUCCACCCUCCGCGAACCGCACAACGUCCGCGCCGCCGCCACGGCGGCGGGGAUCGACGAGUUCAUCAUGUCCCUCCCAGACGGGUACUCCACGGUCAUCGGAGACGGCGCUGUGGGGAUAUCAGGCGGGCAGGCGCAGCGGGUAGUGAUCGCACGGGCGCUGAUUCGACGGCCUCAAAUCCUGAUUCUGGACGAGGCCACGUCUGCGCUCGACCCGGCUAGCGCUGAGGUCAUCCGGCGGACGGUUCGGGGAUUAGUUUCUGCUCGGUUGGGUCUUACUGUUAUUAUCAUUACGCAUGCGAAGGAGAUGAUGGAUAUCGCGGACAACGUGGUUGUUCUUGAGCAGGGCUGCGUGGUGGAGAGGGGUCCGUAUGAGGUGCUUUCCAAGCGGGCUGGGGGGAAAUUGAGAGCGUUGAUUGAGGAUGGAGGGGAGGAUAUGUUUGAUGACUGA